UGGGGGAGGAGGAGAGGAGGAGGAGCGCGGAGACGCGACAGAGGAAGAGGAAGGGAGAAAAAAAGAAAAAAAAACCUCCAACCAUCAACGGGUCACGAACUAUGACCUUUAACAGUGGAAAAACAAAACAAUUAAUUUUAUAAAAUAACUGGGCGUCCCGAAUUCGUCAUUGGUCCACUGUCGGAGUCCUCACUAAUGACCUUACAUCAUCAUCAUGACGGCCAACCUGAAUUUGCUCUCUCAGCAGAAAGCAGACUAUGAGGAUGAGGCAGAGGUGUCAUUGUCCCCAACAGACUCGGCGAUAAGUCCGUCGCCUCCACGCUAUCAGGUUGUUACUACCGAUGCUCCAGCAACCUCACAGCAGAUACAGAUUGUAACUGACCAACAGAGGGGUCAGAAAAUUCAGAUUGUGACUGCCAUGAACCCUUCCAGUGCCCCCAAACAACAAUUCAUUCUGACCACAUCAGACAAUUCUGGAGCUGGCAAGGUUAUUCUGACCUCUCCAGACAACCACAAUACGAAGCAACUCAUCUUUACGUCUGCAGACAACCUGAUGCCAGGAAGGAUACAGAUUGUCACAGAUCCAUUGUCGAUGGAGCAGUUACUCGGCCAAUCAGGCGAUCUGAGCCGGCCACAGACAGUGGAGUACUGCGUGGUGUGUGGAGACAAGGCUUCAGGCCGUCACUACGGAGCAAUGAGUUGCGAAGGUUGUAAAGGCUUCUUUAAGCGGAGUGUGAGGAAAAACCUGACCUACAGCUGCCGUAGUAAGCAGGACUGCGUCAUUAACAAGCACCACCGCAACCGCUGUCAGUUCUGUCGCUUGAAGAAAUGCCUUAACAUGGGGAUGAAGACUGACUCUGUUCAGAGUGAAAGGAAGCCUGCCGAUGUUAUUCCCAGAGAGAAACAUGUCAACUGCGCUCCGUCCACCCAGAAGAUCUACAUCCGCAAGGACCUUAACAGUCCACUCAUCGCCACACCAACUUUCAUCUCGGACACAGAGACGGAUGGCUCCAGAUCCAGCUUGCUGGACCAGGGGAUGCUUGUUAACAUCCAGCAGCCUGUCAUGCAAAGUGAUGGAACGCUUCUGCUGACAACUGACUCAAAGACGGAGUCUAGCCACGGUGACCUUGGGACACUCGCAAAUGUGGUGACCUCACUGGCCAGCCUGAGUGACUCACUGAAACAGAACUUGAAAAAUGGAGAUUCAUCAGAUUGCACAUAUGUGAAAAAAAACACGACAGAGAUUACUCGUGCCUUUGACACCCUGGCCAAAGUGCUCAAUCCACCUGAAACGGGCGUCAUAGCUGAAAAGUGUGUUAGUGAAACGACCUUUCAGCUAAUUGGCCGAGAUCAAGAAACCCCAAUCAUUGAGGUGGAAGGGCCACUGCUUACAGACGGUCAUGUUAACUUUAAGUUGACGAUGCCCAGCCCCAUGCCUGAAUAUCUGAAUGUACAUUACAUCUGUGAGUCUGCAUCCAGGCUUCUCUUUCUCUCAAUGCACUGGGCCCGUUCCAUCCCUGCCUUCUUGGCUCUCGGGCAGGAAGAAAACACGGGCUUGGUUCGAGCCUGCUGGAAUGAGCUGUUCACUCUUGGUCUCGCUCAAUGUGCUCACAUCAUGAACCUGUCCACGAUCUUGGCUGCCAUUGUCAACCACCUGCAGAGUAGCAUCCAGGAUGACAAGAUGUCAGGUGAAAGGGUGAAGCAGGUGAUGGAGCACAUCUGGAAGUUCCAGGAGUUCUGCAACAGCAUGACCAGGUUGGAGACAGACAGCUACGAAUACGCAUACCUGAAGGCCAUCGUCUUAUUCAGUCCAGAUCAUCCUGGCGUGGACUGUGGCGGACAGGUGGAAAAGUUUCAGGAAAAAGCCUUGAUGGAGCUGCAGGAUUAUGUACAGAAAACGUAUCCGGAUGACACCUACAGGUUGACCCGCAUCCUGACCCGCCUCCCAGCGCUGCGCCUCAUGAACUCCAACAUCACGGAGGAGCUCUUUUUCACUGGCUUGAUUGGUAACGUCUCUAUUGACAGUAUAAUCCCCUACAUUCUGAAGAUGGAGACUGCCGAGUACAGCAGCCAGGACAGCGACUCUGCCGAGUGACAACCGCUUUAGAAAAGGCAUCUUAAUCUGCACUUCAGGUACUCUUUCUUGUUGAAGCUGUGACGAGCAUCCUACGGCGGCCUCUCGUUCCAUCUGCUCAUGAUUCACAAGUCUUUUUUUGUCUUUCGAUGAUUAUGAACUUAAAGGAGCCAUAUGUAAGAAAUGCACUUCAAUUAUUUAUUAAAUGACCCUAAUAUUUAAAUAGAAAUGAAAGAAACAUGAGUUUAUACUUCGAACAUGAUUCUCAAUAGUAAACCCUAAAUUUUCCUAUUUUAAAAGUCAGUUGUCAUUGAUUCUGUGUCCGUGACAGAUGUCUGGCCCUCCACCAAUCAGUCAAUUACGAGAACAGUUCUGUGUCUGCAUCCAGGUUGCCGGGAGCUCAGUAACCUGGAGGCUACUUUAACUAAAGCUGCUACAACUUUUAUAAACAGUAUGAAUUAACACCACUUGAGCAAGAGAAAAAAAAACACCUGUUACGAAUCUCAAAUGAGUCAUUACCGUAUUGGCCCGAAUAUAAGACGACCCCCUCUUUUUCAAGACUCAAGUUUGAAAAAAGACUUUUUGAACACCAUAGGUUGUACACUACACAUGCUUUAUGUUCACAUGACCUUUGCUAACAUUAGUGUGUAGUUUGUUAGCCUCUUUCUCUUCUGAUUGAAAUGCAACAAUGGUAUGAUGAUGCAGCUUGAGUCCCCAUUGCAAAGCGCUUAUCUGGCAAGCCAAAGAAAAAGGGGAUGGUGCCUUGCCUGGCACCGCCAGACUAUUCUCCCUGUAUUUUUCAAACACUGUGAGAAAUAGUCUGGGACCCUGCCCAUUAACGGCCUCUCGAACAAUGACAAAAUCAACUGUCCAAUCAGAUUCGUUUAUUUGCAUGACGUGUUCUUAACGAGUAACGUCACUCUUGCGUGCCGAAAGUCGUCUCUCCAACAACACAGAUAGAGAACGGGAGAGCCGAGAAUAUGUUCCAAUCUGCGGUAAAACCAGUUUUAAAUUACCAAAAACACAUCGACACAAGUCAUUGAAAACAGUCAACAUGGCUCGCGCUAGCCAUGUUGAAUACACGUCUCCAUUCUCCGCUCACGCUAGUUACUUGUCGCUUUAACAACGUCAUGUCUGCCCGUUGCUGAUUGGUCCACUCCGCUGUCUUUUUGCUGUGGCUUGCUCCGCCCUGGGAAUUUGAUCCGCCGGACGGUCGCCUGAGUCAAUCGCUGGAACAGCGGUGAGUCUGGUAUACUAGGCAAGAUGGUGCCCUCUUCAAUAUGUUGAUUCUGGUUGCAGUACCAUUUUUGGCCACCAAUCUUACAUAUGGCUCCUUUCAAUCUUAUGCUGCGUUCACACCAAAGUUAAACCGUCGCAUGUGAACACCUUGCUCGUGCAGGCCCGUCACCAAAAGCAGUUUUGUGUUCGCACAGUCCUUAAAGCAACACUAUGGAGAGGGCAGAGGGCCGAUGGGGAAAUACGGUACAAAAUCAAACGUUUCUGAUUUUUAACAUUGUCAUAUGCAAUUGUUUAGCCACAACUGGAUUCAUUACCUCAUUACUAUUCAUCCAUCAUAUAGCCGCUGGAAACAAAUCGUUCAGUCCAUCUGCAGGCGACCGGGAGAUCAGGAUUUUACAACACUGUGCGCUGGUCCUCAUGAGAAACACAUUUUUCCUUAAGGCAAAACACUACCGUUUUUGUCCACCUGCGUCACUAAAAUCUGAAAUUUGAAACUGAAAAUUUACUUAGUGUUGCUUUAAGUUGCCAAAAGACGAUACAACUUCUGGCUCACGUAACGUAAUAAUAAGUAUUAGAACAUCUUCAUUCUUGUAAUAUCACGGCUCUCAUUAGAUGACAAUUUUCUCUCAUGAUAUUAGUACUGUAAUUUCGCAAUAUUUCGUGAAGUUGCGUUUUUUUUUCGUGUAAUAUUACACAUAUAUGUAAUAUAACGACUUUAAUCUCAUUAUAUUGCAACUUUUUUCCCCAUUUCAUUAAGAUAUAUAACUUUAUUCUCGUAAUUUCACGACUGUUUUCUCGUACUAUUAUGACUUUAAUUUCGCAAUAUUUCGUAAAGUUCAGUAAGAUUACCAUUUUUUUUUGUAAUAUCACAUAGCUACGUACUGUAACGACUUUAAUCUCGUAAUAUUGUGACUUUUGCCCCAUACUAUUAGAAAAUUUAACUUUAUUCUCGUAAUAUUACGAUUUUUAUCUCAUAAUAUAUUGUAACUUUUUUCUUGUAGUAUUACAAGUUAUGACUUCUUUUUUAUAAUAUUACGACAUUAAUCUCGUAAUAUUAUAACUUGUAGUGCUUGUUUUUCUUCAUUCUUUCUUUGGCCUUUUACUGACCGGAUGUUGAGGCGUUACUUAUUUGCCAGCUGAAGACAAGUGAAUGAGAAAAAGUAUUUGAUUAGCUGUUUUCUCCUCGACGCUGAAAUCUUUGGCUAGACGUGCAUUGCCGGUCGCCAGGCCGCCGGUCGCUGUUCACCACGCAAUAGAUUACAUUGACUUUGCAUGGGAACCCACCGUGUGACGACAAUAAGACUUGGCUGGUGUGAACGCAGCUUGAGUUUGCCGGCACAAUAGUGAUAUACAAUACAAUAAUUAAAACAUUAAUUCGGCCUUAAUAUAGAAACUAAACAAUCUGAGUAAAUACAGUAUACGGAUAGUCCCUGGUUUAUGAAUGAGUUCCGUUCCUGCGCUGGCGAUGUAACCCGGAUUUCCGCGCAAGUCGGAAUUAACACUUUAAAUACCGCUGAACACCCUCUAAAUUAAAAAAAAAAAAAAAAAGAUCCAAAAACAUGUAAUAUACAGUGGAGCAAAUAAGUAUUUAGUCAACCACCAACUAUGCAAGUUCUCCUGCUUGAAAAGAUUAGAGAGGCCUGUAAUUGUCAACAUGGGUAAACCUCAACCAUGAGAGACAGAAUGUGGAAAAAAACAUAAAAUCACAUUGUUUGAUUUUUUUAAAAAAAAUUAUUUCCAAAUUAGAGUGGAAAAUAAGUAUUUGGUCACCUACAACAAGCAAGAUUUCUGGCUGUCAAAGAGGUAUAACUUCUUUUAACGAGGUCUAACCAGGCUCCACUCGUUACCUGUAUUAAUGGCACCUGUUUUAACUCAUUAUCGGUAUAAAAGACACCUGUCCACAAGGCUACUAUCAGUAACACAAUGCGCCACCAGGGACUCAAAUCCUGAACUGCCAGACGUGACCCCCUGCUGAAGAAACUAACGUCCAGGCCCGUCUGCGGUUCGCUAGAGAGCAUUUGGAUGAUCCAGAAGAGGAAUGGGAGAAUGUGUUAUGGUCAGAUGAAACCAAAAUAGAACGUUUUGGUAGAAACACAGGUUCUCGUGUUUGGAGGAGAAAGAAUACUGAAUUGCAUCCGAAGAACACCAUACCCACUGUGAAGCAUGGGGGUAGAAACAUCAUGCUUUGGGGCUGUUUUUCUGCAAAGGGACCAGGACGACUGACCUGUGUAAAGGAAAGAAUGAAUGGGGCCAUGUAUCGAGAGAUUUUGAGUGAAAAUCUCCUUCCAUCAGCAAGGGCAUUGAAGAUGAGACGUGGCUGGGUCUUUCAGCAUGACAAUGAUACCAAACACACAGCCAGGGCAACAAAGGAGUGGCUUCGUAUAAGCAUUUCAAGGUCCUGGAGUGGCCUAGAUCUCAACCCCAUAGAAAAUCUGUGGAGGGAGUUGAAAGUCCAUGUUGCCCAACGACAGCCCCAAAACAUCACUGCUCUAGAGGAGAUCUGCAUGGAGGAAUGGGCCAAAAUACCAGCAACAGUGUGUGAAAAGCUUUUGAAGAGUUACAGAAAACAUUUGGCCUCCGUUGUUGCCAACAAAGGGUACAUAACAAAGUAUUGAGAUGAACUUUUGGUAUUGACCAAAUACUUAUUUUGCACCCUGAUUUGCAAAUAAAUUCUUUAAAAACCAAACAAUGUGAUUUUCUGGGUAUUUUUUCCACAUUUUGUCUCUCAUGGUUGAGGUUUACCCAUGUUGACAAUUACAGGCCUCUCUAAUAUUUUCAAGUGGGAGAACUUGCACAAUUAAUGGCCCACUUGCACAAUUAAUGGUUGACUAAAUACUUAUUUGCCCCACUGUACGUCAUUGUACUGUCCUCGCCAAGAUGUUGGAGCUAAUUCCUAGCUAGACAGCGAGCUAAGCUCCGAAAUGAUGAUAUCAGAUGUCCGUGUGGUUUGCUGACUUUAUUCAGCUGCUCAUGACAUCAACACCUGCAGAAUGAAACUAAAAUAAAGUUGAAAUUAAAUUACUCAUCUUCAAUAGCAGCAAUUCAAAUUUACGUUUACAAUUAGCUGCUAAAACAGCAAUAACAAACGAUUAGCAUGUAUCAGUUAGCGUCCGCACAUAAUCAAAAACAAUCACAUAAACUCGCCCCAAGUAUUUGACUACAAUUGAAAACGCACAAAAAACAGGACAAAAGGGGUUAUAUACAGUUGUCCCCUCUGGAUGCUUCACAAGCAACAAAGGUGCGCGCAAGCUGUCACCUCUUCACUCGGCUGCGCUCUUCCUCAUAUGUGUGUGUGUGGGACGGGCGGUGUGUAAAUGCAACCUGCUCUAUGCCUCCUGCGCCACAUAAAAGCAUGCAUUACAAAACAAAAGUAAACAUUAAAAAAAAAAAAAAAAAAAA